CAGACACAGAGGCCGCUGCAAACUCGGUGGAUUGUGUGUGCAGGGCCACCCUCUUUAGAAUUCCCCGUCCGUGGAGCAAGAAGCUCGUAAAAGACAAAGGGGGUUGGUGGUAGCACAGGGGUGGAGAGAAGGCGCCGAGGCUAGGGGAGGAACGGAGGAAGGGAGGCAGGAAGAGGCGAGAAAGGAAAUAAGAAAGAUGGGAGAGAGCUCACCGGAUCUCAGCCUCCGGCUCCGGCGGGGCAGCUCCGACUCCAGGGAUUCCUUCUACAUGGAUUUUGCUCAGGGCAUCGACUCGGACAUCGAGGAGGUGGCCCGUCCAGGGGACAACUCGGACCCGAUGAUGGAGAACCAUUUGGGAGAGGAGAACGGGAACGAGCUGCCGCCUAUAGAGGACAUUACCACGAUCCCGGAGGAAGCCUCGGAGGAGUUGCGCGAGGAGGAGGAAGCCGCGGCGAUGGAGGCCGCGCUGCGAACACCCGAGGGCCCAAUAAUUAACACGGAAGCGGAGAAACCACCCCCGCCCCAACUCUCCACGCUCGCCCCCCAAGACUGGCCAGGAUUGCCGGUUGCUCUCCCGUCACCGGCUUCACCGUCCGCGGUAAUCGUUUCACCGGAAACGCUGUCUAGACACAGCAGCAGCUCACCCUCCCGCGCUCACCGGCCACCCCAGUUCGCCUUGGCUCUACCAUGCUCCUCGCAACCGAUCUCCGCGGUCUGCUAUCCGGCACCGACCUUCCUCGACGUCUCCGAGGACCGCAAGUGGAAGAAGCUCGGAUGCGACGCCCUUGCGUCGACUUUUAGCGCUCUCUACGGGAAGCUGUUGGUCGUAAUGGGAAUCGCUUUUCCCAUGGCCGAAGUAAUAUCCACCUACAUACCGCCGUCGUUCUACGAAGGGUUCUACCUUUACCUCUACUUCGGCAGCAUGAUCUUCCUCGUCUACAUGUACGCCACGUUGCUCCGCGAUGGCAAACCGAAGUCAAAAGAGAAACGGAAGGACGUGUGCGACCUGGACUCGUCGCGUUCGUCGAGCGGCGCCGGUGGCGACAGCGACGCCGCGGACACCACGUGCCCCCACAUGGCUACCGUGAGACCUGCCCAACACUACGGCAGUUUUUAUCUGAGGAUGGGCGCUGUGGCGUUCGGGAUCGGUUCCAUGAUCUACUCGGGCCUCGAGUUCGGCCAAUACUUCGAGCUCGAGCAGAACACCAAGUGCCACAACAUCAUGCUCGCCCUCACGCCGGCCACUAGGAUGGCGUUCAUCUUCAUACAGAUGUAUUUUAUAUUUCUCAACAACGAGCAAAUGAAAGUUUAUCGCCAUCGGGUGGUCGCGCGCUUUGGACUGAUGCACAUGAUCGGGACGAAUCUGUCGGUCUGGUUGAGCGUCCUUGUACAGGAAACGAAACACGAGAUUUUGACGUUCUACAAUCCGGAGAACAACUCGUUAAGGAUCUCCCACAGACUAGGCGCGAAGAGCAAUCUCGCGGUGCACAACCACUACCACCACGGGGAACAACACCUGAGGCUUCCAAGGGGGCUUAAAGGGCCCCAUCACAUGUUCGAGUGUCGAAGAACGAACAUAAUGGGAUCGUUGGUCCAAGAUGCCAGCCCGUUCCUCUUUCCUUGCACGAUCGAGUACAGCUUGAUCUGCGCCGCGAUCCUCUACGUGAUGUGGAAGAACAUAUCUAAGGCUGCCUUCUCCCAGCCUAAGACGCCACCCGGAUCCCGCCAUCACGCCCACGCUUACAGGAAAUCACCCCACCAUUACAGCGUGGACUGCGCCCGCGCCCACAAGGGCCUGUUCGUCGGCAUCUUGAUCCUGGUGCUGACGAUCAUCUCCCUGAUCCUGUUCUUCGUGCUGAUAUCUCGUCCAGAAUUGGUCAGCUUCGCCGUGACCGAGGUGAACGUGUGCGAAUUGACCCUGUACGGGAUGUCGACGAUGGCUACGCUGAUAGGAAUGUUCCAGAUGAGGAAGCUCCGCUACGACGGGAACAGGAACUUGGAGUUGGACAAUAUCCUGUUGGUCGCUGCCCAGACGGGGAUGUUCAUCUACUCGACGUUCACGAUAAUCGGCGCCCAAUUCACCCUCGCCAAGCACACGGUCCUGGUUUUGGUGACGGCGCUCGCGAGCGUGGUGCAGACCACCUUCCAGACCAUCUUCAUCCUGGACGCGUCGAGGCGAUCCGUGGCGACCGCGAAGCAGAUCAGAAGGAAGCCCGGAAGGGAGAUCGUCACGUUCCUCCUUGUCACGAAUCUGGCCAUGUGGGCGAUCAACACGCUGGAGAAGUCGAGGGCGGAGUCGCAUCCGGUCCAGCUGCACUUUUACGGGCUUUGGGCGUGGACGAUCAUCACCCACGUCUCGAUGCCGUUGGCGAUAUUCUACAGGUUCCACAGCACCGUUUGCCUGUGCGAGGUCUGGAAAAGAGCGUACAAGGUGAAGCCUACCUACAUGUGACGUAAGGGGUCCCGUGAGGUCGUGUGCAAGACGGCGGCUCCUCAACGACCGAAAACCCUGCCGGCCAGGCUGGACGCCAUCGCGGAAAACGAUCCGAUUUACUUUAUGUAACAGAGAAAGAGAGAGAGAAAGAGAGAGAGAGAGAGAUUCUCUUCUUUCGCCUCUCUUCUUCGUCGCUCGAGGUUCUCGCCAAGCUCCAAAACUGCGAAUAUAUAUAUAUAUAUAGAAUAUAUCGUUCACCAGGCGUUGUUCUAUAGGUAUUUGUGCGAUGAGCGAUGGACGAGCCUCGAGUUUGAGAAGAAAUGGCGGUUGCGGUUUGUUUAUUAUUAUUACUUUUUUUUCGAUCGUCGAGAAGUCGCGUUUAUUUAUAUCGUUUAGAUAAUAAUUGUAUAAGGUUUUAUAUCGAAUCGUCCUCGCGUCUAUGAAGAGAAGAAAAGAUCACGAUGUACAUACACACACACACACACACACACACACACCACACACCGUUUUUUCACCGCAACGAGGUGGAAACUCUUCGAGAUCUUUUAAGAGGAACAAAUAAGAGUAGGGGAGAGAAAGAUGGCACGAUUAACGACGCACAAUUUUUACCGGCAUUUAGAUAACGUAGACGAUUAGUCGAGUAGUCGAAUCGUCGAAGCAACGGUUGUUCCUUCGAUAUUCUCGGGAACAAUAAAAAUUUCUGUUCGAUAAGCGUUAAGACGAUUUUCUAUAUACUCGAAAAUAGCGAGUGAGAGAGAGAGAGAGAGAGAGAGACAGAGGGAGAAAUAGAGAGAGAAAGAGAGAGUAAGAGAGAGAAUGAAAAAGUAUGCGUGUACAAAGAAAGAGUGCGAAGAGAAAGGGAUGUCUUUUCUUCUUUCUUUCUUUCUUUCUUUCUUUCUUUCGUUGAUCGUAAAAGUUUGCAAGACUGAAAUUUUAAGCAACCUUAAGGACGAUGGUUGAUGAUGGUUGAUGGAAGAACGAUUCCGUUUCUGGCCGAACGCAAAUCGAUCGAAGAAUAUUUAACAGAGAGAAAGAGAGAGGGAGAGAGAGAGAGAGAGAGAAAUCCCUGAUCGAUCUGUCCUUCGAUUAGUUUACUCGGAUAUACUCUCACGGACUCAUCCGUCUUCCACGUAGUACAAAGUUGUACAACUUAACGAGUAAAAAAAAAAAAUAACAAUAAUAAUAAUAAUAAUAAUAAUAAUAAUAAUAAUAAUAAUAAUAAUAAUGUCUCUCGUUGUCCAAAAGUUAAUAAUUUCAGAAAAGAGAGAUUGAAAAGAAAAGAAAAAAAAAAAGAAGAGGAAUCGAGAGAAACCAGAUUAACCAGAUUAGAUGUAAAGUCCAAUACUUAUUCGUCACCUCGAAUAAAUUUUUAUAUCGUUAUUACGUAGAUUAUGUUCUCUCUUCGUUGAAAUCUUUUAACGAGUCUCUUGGCGAAGAUAAAAAUUGGAUUGGAAGAAACAGAGAUAAUCCUCGCGCGAAAACCCAACACGUUAAUAAUGUUAGAAACGUGCAACGUCUGUUUCUCGCGAUUUCACGUGGCAACGUCUCGCUCGAUCGAUCGAUCGUCCGCGUUUCGAGGAAAAGGAAGCCUCUACCCGUCGAGCGUGCAACCGCCUUACGGUUAUCCUAUACUCCAAAUCCAUCCGAGUUUACAUAGAAAUUACAAGAAGGUUUUCCAAGGUUUUGCACUCGCCAGACGUUGCACGUUGGUCACGAAUCUGAAUUCGAAAUAUCGGUCGUAGUCGACCGAUGAGAAAAACGGAGAUCAGUUUAUCAAAAGACAGAACCGAGUCGAUGUUUCGUGCGUUGUUUCCAAUCGUUUCUUAAAAAAAAAAAAAAAAAACCAAAGAUGAAUAGAUUUAAGUUCGUUGGAACAUUUGUAAACGGAAAUGGAAAUAACGCAAUGGGCAUCGUCCCGUAGAAAUUCCAAUAUCAUAGUCGAGGAGAUGAUAAACUAAACUGAUUAAAAGAAAAAAGUGUUGAAAAAGACAAAAGUAUAGAAAGAUAAACGUUCGAAGAACAGAGUACAAUGGCGAUAUCAUAUCAUUAAGCCUUAAUCCGUCGAGUGUGCUGUCCAAACUUCGAAUACGAUUAAAGAGGAAGAACGAGAGAAGAGGAGAAAAAGAAGAGAAGCAAAGAAAAAAAAAAAAAAAAAAAGGAAGGCAGAUCAAAGAGAUCGAGCGAUCGAUCGACCGUUAAUAUUCUCGAGAGAAUAAGCCGAGCGUGUUCGAUCAAUCGAAUCCGUUCGACAAACAGUCGUUUAAGCAUGUGGAAGACAUCGAACGAGGAUCUAAACGAUCCGUGGAGAGCGUGAAAUCGAAUCGAAUCGCAUCUAAUCGAUCGGCGCGGUGUGCAAUACUAUUGUUCUGCGAGUAGUGUACGAGUAUGCGAGUGUAUGUACGAUUGUUUUGUGUUGCGUGUGUCCUCUUGGGAACAACUCGGCGAAGAAUGGUCGAGAGAGAAAGAGAGAGAGAAAGAGAGAGAGAAAGAGAGAGAGAGAGAGAGGGAGAGGAAAAAGGGAAACGGAAGAGCGUCGAUGGCGUAAAAGGUAGCGAUAUUUUUUUUUGUUUCUAGUGUCUCUCGCGAUAGGCGCUUUUUAUUUUUCUUCGUCCAUAACGAUCACGUUAUUCGCGACGAUAUUAUCAAUGGAAAUCCAAAGUCUGCGUAGUUGAACCGGUUGAUUCUUUUGUAAAUUCUACUACUGUGUGAGGCGGGUUGUACAUAGGCGAGGUUAAGGAGGGAAGGGAAACCGUAAGAAGGAUAAGUGUGAAGGGAAAAAAGGGAAAAAAGAAAAAAAAAAAAAAAAAGAAAAUGGAUCCUCUCGAUGUUUAGAGCUAGUUGUGUCGACAUGUUUCUUCCUAUAUUAUAUAUAAUAUAUACACAUAUAUAUACAAAUAUAAAUAUAUUUAUUAUUGCGUUGUUCUAUUAUAAUAUUUAUUGUAUUAUCAGAUAUAGGAUUUACGCGCGACACGUUACGUUUAUUGAUCGGGGCUCGUGUCGAGAUUCAUCAUUUCCACCGCGUUUUUCCCUUCGUUCGCCUCUUCCUUUUCUAACACUAUACUUCUCUUUUCUUACUUCUUCUUCUAUUCCUUUUUCUUCUUCUUCUUCUUCUUCUUCUUCUUCUUCUAGUUGCCAUUAAUCGAACGAUUAAAAUCGAAGCUUUCGAUCCGUUUUCCAUUUCCCUCGUUUUAACACCUCGACGAUUAAACGGCGAUCUCGGCACGAGUUUUAACCGAAAUCGAGGCGAAACACGAAACGAAAAGAAAAGAAAAAAAAAAAAAAGGAAAAAAAAAAGGAAAAAAAAAGAAGAAAAAAAGAAACAAAACGGAGAUAAGUCACGAUGUGCGCAAUUCGAGCAAGGGUGAACGGGGUAAACGACGAAUAUACCCUUCUAUGUCACGUCUCUAAACUGUACUUUUUCUAUGUCCGCAUACUCUAGUUCCUACGCAAUGUUUGUACUCUUAUACCCUUUGUACUAUUUGUACCUUACGAAUUGCAAUACACUCGUCCGCAAUAAUAA